GGUGGCCUUGUCGUCAAAUGGGCUUUGGUACGAUCUCGAGAAUGUCAAUCAUCAAAUGCCCAUCGUCAUCUGUACAGCGUUUCUGAAAAAAACGGUCGGCAUCAUGUUCUUCGGCACACCACACAGGGGGGCAGAUCCUAGGAACAUCCUCCACCAUGUCCUUCAGACUUCAGCUAAAGCCCUCGGCGCUCAGGUCAAUGAACAAAUUGUCCGCGCGCUCAUGCCGGAUGCUGAACUCCUGCCGAAGUUGAGGGACGAGUUUACUAUCUUGUGUAAUGAGAAAUCGUGGCCGAUAUUCUCGUUCCAGGAGGAAUACGGUGUCUGGUCUCUGUUCGGAAAGAAGGUUGUCGACGAUCAGAGUUCUUGUUUGGAUAAUCCCGCUCUUGAAAUCCGACAGCACAUCUCGCGCAAUCACAUGGAUAUGUGCCGCUUUUCCGGCCUCCAGGAUCCGGAGUACAGGAAAGUGGAAGCCGCGCUGAAGCGUAUUCUCGGGACGAUCGAAGCCCGAAAGCGUUGCGAAAAACGGAGUCCGAUGGAGAGCAGCAUCUCAGGUGAUCUCAGAACUUCCCUGGUAGAACGACUCUACUUCUCCAAAAUUGACGAGCGACUAACACACCUGACCCCUGCUCAGGGGUUCACGUGCCGCUGGUUCCUGGAUACGCCGCAAUACACAUCGUGGCGUGACAUAACCCAGCAGGCAGACCAUGGCGGCUUCCUCUGGAUCAAAGGCAAUCCCGGGACGGGGAAGUCGACGUUGAUGAAGUUCCUCUUCGAGCACGCAAGGGAAGAAACGGGGGCCGAGCCCUCUCAAAUCACUUUGUCGUUCUUCUUCCUCGCACGAGGCACUGCCGAAGAGAAAUCGACGGCUGGCCUCUACCGCUCUGUUCUUCACCAGCUCUUUGAAAAGGCGGGAGAUCUACGAGACAGCUUGGAGUGUCUAACGCUUGACGGUGCACGGGGUAUUCAGCUUAAUGGAUGGCACGAGGAGGCCUUGAAGAAGACGUUUUGCCGUGCCGUUCAAGGCCUUGGCAGUCGAUCGCUGACAAUCUUUGUCGAUGCCCUCGAUGAGUGCGAAGACAGCCAGGCAAGGAACAUGGUCUUCUUUUUCGAAGAGCUUUGCGACAUGGCCCAGCAGAAACAGGUCCGGCUACGUAUCUGCUUCUCGAGCCGGCACUACCCACACAUCGAAAUAGAGAAGGGUAUCGAGCUGACAUUGGAAGACGAACAAGGACACAAAGAGGAUAUUGAAAAAUAUAUCAAGACGAAGCUCAGGCUAUCCAACAAGAAGACCAAGCUAGCGCAAUCACUCCACGCCGAACUCCUCGAAAGAUCCUCCCUGAUUUUCCUCUGGGUCGUUCUGGUCGUCGAUAUUCUCAAUUCCGAAUCCCCCAGGAACCCAAACAUCGACAAGAUGCGCAAACGCCUUAGGACAAUCCCACCCAAACUUGCCGACCUGUUCGAAAUGAUCCUCACACGAGAUGAAGAAGGGCCCAAACUGAUGCAGAUUUGCCUUCAAUGGAUUCUCUUCGCAACCCGACCCCUCAAACCACAAGAACUCUACUUCGCCAUCCAGUUCGGCCUCAAUGAAGAUUCUUGUUCUGGCCGCUGGGACCAGGAGGCCACGGGCAUGGACGAUUUGAAGGUGUUUGUGAGGCAUUCGUCCAAAGGCUUAGCCGAAGUCACGCGCAACAAGGCCUCCGAGGUCCAGUUCAUUCACGAGUCCGUCCGUGAUUUCUUGAUGGGCAGGUACGGGGACCACUGGUCUGGGGCCGGCACCAACUUCGUCGGCCAUAGCCAUGAACUUUUGAGGGACUGCUGCUUGGCCCAGCUGGUCGCUAUAGUCCAGCAGAACGUUAACAUGCCGCGUGAUAUGAGCCCUCAAUCGGUUCAAAUUCGGAAGGAUGUUAAACUGGAAUUCCCGUUUUUCGAAUAUUCCGUCGCCGGGGUUCUGCAUCACGCCAACAGCGCCCAGCAACACGGCGUGGACCAGAUGGCCUUCAUCACGGAGCGUUUCGCGUCUCAUUUCCGGAGUUGGCUAAAGCUCAACAACUUCCUCGAAAAGCACGGGGUUCGGCGGUACGAAGACACUGUCAGCCUUGUUUACAUACUUGCAGAAAAGAAUCUGGCCGAGCUUAUCAAGAUCUAUCCCCGAGAUGGAUCCUGCUUCGAUGUUGGGACUCACAAUCGACCUCCGCGCUACGGCCCGCCUAUUUUCGCCGCUCUGACAAACGAUCGCCAUGAUGCUGCGCGGGCACUAUUGGAAGCCGAAGUGCGAGUCCAGCCGCCGAACUUCCAACUCCACCGCCUUUGCCAGCAAUACUUCGAGAAUGAGAGGCAACUCAGAAGCUUUGACCGUACUUUUACCUUCAGCAAGCAAAAAAGUGUCUUGUCUCAUCUUGCGGAGCAUGGGGACGAGGUGCUCCUCUCCUUUCUGCUGAAUUUGGUUCGGGUUGAGAUUAACUCAACAAAUGAUCUUAGGUACCCGCCGCCUCUGGUAUAUGCCGCUAAGAAGCGGCACGCAGCGGUCAUGGAGCUGCUCCUUGAGGCGGGUGCCGAUGUUGACUCAGUUGAUGGAACUCGGCGGACCGCUCUGUUAUACGCUGCCGCUAACAGAGAUGAAAGAAUCGUGAAGCUGCUGCUCGACGGGGGAGCUGACCCCGAGGCGAAGGACCCGUCUGGCCGGACGCCCUUAUCUCUUACCCCUGAGCUCGGGAAUGAAAGUAUCGCGAAGCUACUACUAGACUGGGGAGCUGACGUCGAUUCGAAGAACGAGUAUGGCCGGACACCAUUGUCAUAUGCUGUGGUGCCGAGGGGUGUCACAUUUCUAAGUAGUAGGGAAGAGGGGUGGAAGGCUGUCGUGAAAUUGUUACUUAAGAAUGGUGCCGAUGCUAGGGCGGAGGACCGCGAUGGUAAGACGCCGCUCUCUCGUGUCGCUGAGCGGGAAGAUAAGGCGAUGAUGGAGUUACUUGCAGGAUAGAUCCCCCUCCUCAGUCUUGCCUUACACUUUUAAAUUGUAGAACUCAUAUGUGGAUAGAGCGGUACAGGAAAGUGGCUUGUGAUGCUAUAGUGUUGGAGUCCCUAGCUCAUCCAUGUGCGAUGCGAAUCUGUGGCAGCAGCAUGGUGACCGAACCACUACAGCACCAGCCGGGGUGCGUACUUGCAUGGUCAAGUCGGGAAUUCUCUCUACCUAGGUGCCA